AUGCGGCUCAUCGAAAUUCGCAAGGAUGGUGGACUGCGUCGCACUGGAUACAUGAAACUUGGUGACGCUCCUCGAUACGCCAUUCUCUCGCACACAUGGGGCCCUGAAAAAGACGAGAUCAGCUUCGAUGACUUCACAGAGCUUUGUCGGGGCAACCUGAAGAUGGCUCAAAUGAAGAGGCCCGGCGUGAGUAAGCUCAAGUUCUGCCUAGACCAGGCACGCAAAGACGGGCUGAAGUACUUCUGGAUCGACACAUGUUGUAUCAACAGAGCUGACGACUAUGAGUACCGGAGCGCUGUCAAAUCCAUGUUUGAGUACUACCGUGGAUCUGCAGUAUGCUACGUCCUUUUGGCAGAUGUCAAGGUCACCAAAGAAGGUCCACGCAGCUGGUAUUCCGUAUAUGACUUCAUCGCCGCAAGAUGGUUCACUCGAGGCUGGACACUGCAGGAGCUCAUUGCACCACAAAAGGUUGAAUUCUACUCGCCGGAGCACGACCGGUUGGGCGAUAAGUCCGCUUUACAGCAAGCAAUCACUAGAGCCACAGAUAUCCCGCCGGAGGCAUUCCUUGGGGAGCGAUUAUUGAAUUUUUCGGUCGAUGAACGCAUAUCGUGGGCCAUGAACCGACAGACUACGAAACCCUACGACAUGGCGUACUGUCUCAUGGGAAUUCUGGACGUCUACCUGUCGCGGAUGCCACAAAAGUGGAAUGGCACCGGCUAUCAGGCGCUAAUAGCGAUCAGAGAAGAGGCUCUGAAAGAAGAUGCGCGGCUGUCACGCAACAAGAGGAACAGGCGACACUACCCAUGGUCGACUGCAGACUGGGCCCCCGGGUCUCGAGAAAACCCUCUCGGACCCAGUGCCUCAGAAAAUCCCAGAAACAUCACGAUGGAUCAGGCAGAACGGCACAAGAUCGAGCUUCACACGCAGAUGAUUCGUGACUUUCAGCGUAAAAGCAGGAUCGUGGCACGUCAUGGAGCAGAUUUUGGUAUGCUUUUUCACAAACCUCAGGCUGGGCCAGAGGUAAGUAAGAAGAAGGCAGGACCGCAGGAGGCAGGCCCGAAGAAGGAGGCAGGCCCGAAGAAGGAGGCAGGCCCGAAGAAGGAGAUGAGACCGAAAACGGAGGCAAGACCGAAGGAGUUAUCGGGAAGGCGGUCGCGAGUGGGAAGGGAUAUCGUGUCAUCCGGUCUCGUGCGAAGCGUUGGUCAGACCGGUUGA